ACCCUACCGAGCUUGUCUGACAGAGUGUGCAAGGCAGCGUGUGUGUCUGCAUGUGUGCGUGAGACACAGAGAGGCAGCCGAGAUGAGUGUGAAGCAGUGAGAGGGAAAACCUAGAAAAAAAAAAAAAACAGCAAAGGCGAUCAGAGAGGGGGGAGGGAGUCAGCAAACACAGCAAAAAAAAAAAAAAAAAAAAAGGCAGAGCAGAGGAGAAGAAAGAGAAGAGAAGAGUGAGGAGAGAUAAAGGGUGAAGUGAAUGUUGCAUCUUUGAUACUCCUGCUUCCAAAGACAAGAGAUGCAAUGAACAGAUGACCAUCCGCUGCACACGCCAGCGUCCUGUCCUGGAGCCUUGACAGGAGAGGACGAGAAGAAUCCGCGCGCGCUCAAAGACCCUUCAGCCAGCCCCACAUCCCUGGAUCAUGUCGUCUACCGGGUCAACCAACCACAACAAGCGUCUGGCAUCUGAGACAGACAACUCUCAGAGGGUGCUGGACAACGAUUCUGCUCAGCACCUGAAGCUGAGGGAGAGACAGCGCUUUUUCGAGGAGGUCUACCAGCAUGACGUGGACAACUACCUGCCCUCUACACACUUGCAGAUCGACUGCAGGAAACCUCCCAUGGGUAGUAUCUCAUCUAUGGAGGUGAACGUGGACGCCCUGGAGCAGAUGGACCUGAUGGACAUAUCAGAUCAGGAGGCCCUGGAUGUGUUCCUCAACUCAGGCUCAGGAGCAGAAGAGGGAGCGCUGGCAUCUCCACUACCAGAGGGUGAAGAGUACGACGAAGACGAGGAGGAUGAAGAUGCAGAGGUCGUCUACAGGGAGCGCGCCCCCUUGAAGCGACAACACGAAGUUUACCGCGGCUCACAGUCGCGCAUUUCCUCGACGUCAUCUGGCUCCAGUGACACCAGCGCAGGUGGAGCCGACACACCUGUGAUCCAGUCGGAUGACGAGGAGGUCCACGCCGACACGCUGCUGCUGACCUCAGUGCCCCAAACCAGGGACGACGAAACAGAGGAGGAGGAUGAGGAGGAACGAUGUCAUCAUAAAGACUGAAUCUUACUCCCUUUACUUCUCUAACAUUUUUUCUCUGUGUCCCUAUUUUUGCAUUCCUUUACAGAGAGGUGAAAAUCCGCUAGCAUGGUUGACCUGGCUGUGACUUGCUGUCUUUUGAAAUGCUUUCUUGAUGAACUUGCAUGUUUCUUUUCAAUCUAAGCUUGGAUUGUAAGAUUUAAAACAAACAAACAAACAAACAAAAAAACUAACCCAAUAACAUUUUCAUCAAAUUCAGUAUGUGAGUGGAAAUAGUUAUUAGAAGAAGAAUGAGAGGCGCUGUAAAUCUGGCUGUUGUUGCUGUUGUGCUGAGCUCCAAAAACAAAAGCUACUCAAGUGCAAAAGAGCGUAAGAAGAGGAAUGUAAAUCAAACAAAGAAGUUUUACACUGACAACUUUGAAAGGCCUGAAGACGGAUAAAUAAGCUGGGUGUGUUUGUUUCAUUGUUUAGUUCGAAAAAGGGACGUCUCUCUCUCAUAGGUAGCUAAUGUUGGCAGUGGUAAGACAAGUCCUAUUUGCAAAUUAGAGAAGUAAUUCCACUCCCAUGUUCCAACAUGUCCUAUCAUAGGUAAAACAUGUUUCAUCUCACAUCCUGCCGGAGGGAAUCCUCCCACUCCUGCCCCUGAACUGUCAGUUUUCCAACAGCUGAAGGAAGAACAGAAAGGACAGAGGAUCAAUUUCGUAUCAAGCGCACAUAUCUAAAAUGAAAGCAAACAGUCUGGGUAAUUAAAUGUAAUUACACUGCUGGCAUUUAGUCACCAGUCACUGCCCCUUGAUCACCUGUGGCUCCGCUCGAACAGGAUUAAAAAGUGCAACAAAACGGUUCGAGAGCAGGCAUCAACGUGUGACUAACGAGCGUCUCCAAAACAAUCAUUUAAAUUUUUUUUAUGGACCUACGUCUGUGCAUGUAGAAACUACUUCCAGCAUCACACAAUGAGCCGCGUUUGUAAAUGCAUGGCAUGUUGUUCUUGUCGGUGACCACUUAAUUUCUUUCUCAAUGCCGUGACUAGUGUUGCUUUACCGAACUAUGCAGGUGACACCUAUAUUUAACACAAACACACCCUGCCCUCCAUGUGAGAUGGAAUUUGAGUGUUGGAUAUUUAUGAUCACGUGGCGCGUGAGUGACUUCUAAUCUCUUGUGUUAUGUUUAAUGAGUGUUUGUAUUGGAGUUGAGGGUGAGGGUGUACCACAUUACAGAUCAGACCUUUGGCUGUGUUACUGUUUAGAACUGUUAUCCAUGAGGUAUAACCCGUCAAAACAAAUAAUAAAGAGGGUAGACCUGGUGGGUUUGGUUUCUCGU